AUGGACAAUCCUAAUGAGAAACCCUCUUCGACAUCAGGGUCUACUAUCCCAAACGAAGAUGAGAGCCUCCUCCCCCCCAUCGCCAUUGUCGGCAUGGCGCUUCGCCUCCCCGGAGACAUAUCUACACCCUCAUCUUUCUGGUCCCUACUCAUGAACAAAACCGACACGUCAGGCCCCAUCCCCUCGGACCGAUACAACAUUGAUGCCUUCCACUCGCCCACCAAGCCCGGCAUGGUACGUCCGCAGCGCGGCCACUUCCUGUCUCAGGACUAUGUGAACCAGAUCGACGCCUCGGUCUUCCAGGUAGCCGGGUACGAGGCUUCGCAUCUAGACCCGCAGCAGACACUACUAAUGGAGGUUGUCUGGGAGUGUAUGGAGAGCGCGGGGCAGACCGAGUGGCGUGGACGGGAGAUCGGGUGCUAUGUUGGCGUGUUUGGGGAGGAUUGGAAUGAUUUGAAAGCAAAGGAAACGGGGGAACUGUCGAGAGCGCAUGUGUUUGCGGCGGGCGGGUUUGCAUUGUCGAAUCGCGUGAGCUACCAGUUCGAUCUAAGAGGUCCAAGUGCCACUAUUCAAACCGCCUGCUCGUCCUCCCUGACGGCCGUCCACGAAGCCUGUCAAGCGCUAUACACGCGCAGCUGCGAAUCUGCCAUCGUCGCAGGAACCAACAUGAUCCUGACCCCCACGAUGACGAUCACGAUGUCCGACAACCGAGUCCUCUCGCCUGAUGGACGAUGCAAGACCUUCGACGCCAACGCGGAUGGCUAUGCGCGCGGUGAGGCCGCCAAUGCGGUGUUCCUGAAACGAUUGGACGACGCGGUGCGAGACGGCGAUCCCAUCCGCGGCGUGAUUCGGUCCACGGCGGCCAACUACGAUGGACACAGUAGUCGCAUCUUUGCACCAGAUGUGCACAGCCAAGAGAGAGUAAUUCGGCAGGCGUAUUCGCGCGCUGGGAUCACGGACAUCGCCCAGACCGCGUUUGUUGAGUGUCAUGGUACCGGGACUAGGACGGGAGAUAUGGUUGAGGCGACGGCGGUGGCGAGGGCAUUCAAGUCCGAGGAGUUGUAUCUGGGGGCGGUCAAACCGAAUGUUGGGCAUGGUGAAGGCGCGUCGGGAUUGACGGGGCUGAUUAAAGCCGUGUUGGCGUUGGAAAAUCGUAUCAUCCCGCCGAAUAUUCAUUUUGAGACUCCGAAUCCGAAGAUUCCCUUCAACAAGGGUUUGCGUGUCCCCGUAGAUCCUGUUCCGUGGCCGUCGAAUCGGAAGGAGCGAGUUAGCGUGAACUGCUUCGGCGUCGGAGGGUCAAACGCUCACGUUAUCGUGGAAUCGGCAUCGUCGCUGAAGGCAAUCGAGCCUCCCUCAAACGCACGGGCUCGCUUGUUGGUGACCUCUGCAUAUAGCGAGGCAUCGCUGCACCGACGAAUCUCUGAUCUCCAGGCGUAUCUUAAGCAGAAUCCGAAAGGAGUUCAAGAUCUGGCAUAUACCCUUGGAGUGAAACGAGACCAUUUGUCUCAUCGAGCUUUCAUGAUUGCAAACGAAGAUGGGACACUGGAAGAACCUAUUCUAUCCAAACCUGUCGCUCCGUCGUCGAUUGUAUUUGCUUUCACCGGUCAAGGAACUCAGUGGCCGGGGAUGGCGAAGGAGCUCGUUCAGUCCGUCGAGUCAUUCCGUGCGGAUAUUAGGAAGAUGGACCAGAUUCUCAAGACGUUGCCGGACCCCCCGGCUUGGGAUAUAGAAGAUGAGCUACUUCGUCUCGGCACUUCUCACCGCGCUAGCAAGGCCGAAUUAUCGCAGACUCUUUGUGCCGCCGUUCAAAUCGCAUUAACCAAUCUGUUCUCGGCAUGGAGAAUCCGUCCGUCCGCCGUAGUAGGCCAUUCCAGCGGCGAGAUUGCGGCUGCAUACGCGGCGGGUGCGAUUCCUAUCGAGUCGGCUAUAAUCAUUGCAUACUAUCGCGGACAGGUUGCCAAGUCGAGUACCAGACUAGGAGGGAUGGUGGUGGUUGGGCUGGGUCCGGAGAUAGCUAAACAUUACCUUGUUGACGGAGUGGUUAUAGCGUGUGAAAAUAGUCCCCAGAGUGUUAAUUUAUCUGGGGACAAGGAUAAGUUGGAUGCGGUGCUGGAAACCAUCCUGACCGAGCACCCGGAAACAUUCUACAAAAAACUACCUGUCGAGGUGGCAUACCAUUCACCCCACAUGGCCGAUCUGGGACACACUUACGAGGCCUCCAUCCGCCCUCAUAUCUCGACCACUACAACCACCAGCGGGAUUCCCAUGUACUCCACCGUGACCGGGCAAUCCCUACGUUUCACCGACUUGGAUGCUGCAUACUGGCGACGCAACCUUGAGUCACCCGUUCUUUUCGCCUCAGCCGUGGGUAAUCUGCUGGACGCACAGACGACAGAUCCCGAACCAACCCUCUUCCUCGAGAUUGGCGCACACCCAGCUCUCUCUUCUCCUCUCCGCCAAAUCUCCUCUGAUCUCAAAAAGCCCAUCUCCCACAUCGCCACCCUCAGCCGACACACUGACCAACACCUCUGCAUCCUCCAAUCCGCCGGACACAUAUACCUCGCAAAUCACAUCCCAUCGUUCUCGACUCUCAAUGGCUCCGGCACCACUUUGUCCGAUCUUCCCAUCUACCCCUGGGACCGCCGGAAUUUCAACCGCCAAGAAAGCCGACUGACACGCAACUGGCGAUUCCGCAAACACGUACCCCACGAGCUGCUUGGCUCGCGGACACUGGAAUCCACGGACUUAGAGCCGUCGUGGCGGAAUUUGCUUCGCGCGUCGGCCGUUGCCUGGCUUUCGGAUCAUCAUGUCUUAGGGGACAUCGUGUUUCCGGCGGCCGGGUACAUCGCCAUGAUUGCGGAGGCAGUUCGCCAGGUCUCAGGCUCUGGGGACAGUAGCAGUCAGGGGUGUUGGAUCCAGCACCUGGUGAUUAAGACGCCAUUGACGCUGAGUACGAAGGGUGCUAUGGUGGAGGUGGUCACCUCGUUCAAGCCAGUGCGGUAUAGCGAUCGCGUCGAAUCAGAGUGGUGGGAGGUGACGGUCGCUUCUUUCAACGGGACUACGUGGACGAGGCAUUGCGUUGCGCAGGUUCAGAGCGAGGAGGCUGGUGACGGUGGUUGGAGUGGUCAUACCCUCUCGACUGAGAAGAUUGGAAGACUUCCCCGUCCUGUCGCCCCGGAAUCCUGGUAUCGCACGCUAAAGAGCGUCGGCCUGCAGUACGGCCCCCAGUUCCAGCUUCUAGAAGACAUCACCACCCAUCCGAUAGAAUACGUCGCGAAUGCCUCCGUCCGCAAGGAGCCCUUUCACGCUGAGUACCCUGUCCACCCAACAGUCAUUGACCAAUGUCUUCAGCUUGCUGGACUAGCAUCGUGUCGGGGCCGAACAACACUAAUUGAUGGCGUCGCCAUCCCGGCGUUUAUUGAGAGCUUGUACGUUGGCAGUGUGCAGGAAGGCGAGAUUAUGUUGGCACAGACGAAGGGUUCUUCGGUUGUCGGGACACAUGCGAAAUGCGAUGCACGGUUGAUGACAGGCGAGACGACGGCGCUGUCGGUGCAGGGCGCGGUGAUCGUGCAGUUGGAUCGGGGUAGGCUGGAAGAAACGCGUCCUUUAGCGUCCCACAUUGAAUGGAGGCCGGAUGCGGAUUUAGUAUCUACAAAGGAACUUGUGGACUGCGAGAUAGGCGAGCCAAGGGUUCUGAUGGAUAGAUUAUCUGCUCUGUCAGUCAUUCAGAUUAACAGGGCUAUCCGGGAUGUGACGCCUAUUCCUCAACAUGAGGAAUACAAACGAUGGGUCUGCGAAACAGUCGAGGAUGACCGGAAGGCCAUAACCCCUGAGGCACAGGAAUGGUCUACAUUGGAUGAUACGGCCCUACAGUGCCUUCGCGACGGACUGAGUGCAAAGCUGAAGACCCACGGCCAGGAAGAGAUCUCUGGCCUCAGUGCAAGUAUUGUCGAAGCUUGCGCCAACAUCCUGCGCGGGACGGUUGAUGUGGCCCAAUUCGUGUCAGAAGAGAGCCUCGUGCAGGUCCAUGAAUAUACGGCGUCAUCUGAGGCAGUAACUCAACUUCUUAGUCUGAUGCGCCAUACAAAUCCCCGACUGCGCGUUCUCGACAUCGGGAGUGGUUCGGCUAGAUUGACAUCGUGUGUCUUGAAAGCGCUUACAUCGGAAGAAGGGCGAUGCUGGUCAAAGUACACUUGGACUGAUAUGUCUACUGUCGCCGUCGAAGCUGCACAAGAAAGAUAUGGUGACGAGGUAGAGUGUUGUCUGUUUGAUGUCGCGCAGGACCCGACGGUGCAGGGAUUGCAGGAUUUUGGAUACGAUAUUGUUAUCGUGUCGAAUGCCUUGCGCACAAUCCCGCAGCUCAAUGCUGCUCUCCCAAACAUCAAGACGCUGCUGGUGCCGGGAGGGACAAUUGUGAUGCAGGAGAUGUCUCACAUUACAAUGAUGAACUAUAUUACGGGUCUUCUUCCCCAGUCGGAAAUCACGAAUGCAGGCUCUCUGUCGACAUCGGAGUGGAACUCCUCCCUAGAAACUGCUGGAUUUGAGGAUGUCAAUACAAUUGAAUUUGACCGCUCAUCCCAACGGCACAUCAUCGCAAAGGUCCCACAGCCUGCUCUCGAACCGACAUCAAUAGACAUUCUCGUACCCGACAGUCCGCGUCAUCCCUGGCAUAAAUCCAUAGAGUCUGUCCUAUCGGACAGAGGAUUCACCGUGCAGACUCACACCCUCGAUCAAGCCGUCGCCAAGAACACCCUUGUGAUCUCCCUCCUCGAUCUUGACGGGCCCUUCUUCAAAUCCAUGACGGCAGAUCAACUCUCUGCUCUACAAACUCUCCUUGCCUCCACCCCUCGCAUUCUCUGGGUUACGCACUCCGCUCAGGUGAAAUCCGCAAACCCGGACUUUGGACUAGUUCUCGGGGCCGCGCGGUGCAUUCGACAGGAAACUGGCGUCUCCUUUGCCACAGUGGAGGUGGAUGCAUUCACCCCUUCGGCACUGGACGCCGUGUUGAGCGUACAGGAGAAAUUCCGUCGGCAGCAGAGCCAAGAUGAUCUGGAUGCGAAAGAAUACGAGUUUGCCGUUCACGACGGAGUCGUCUACACGGGACGCUACCACUGGACUUCGCUCACGGAUAUGUUGAAUGCCCAGCCGGAGCAGGGCUCGUCGCUGAAGCUGGACAUCGCGACCUACGGCGCCAUCGGAUCUUUGGGCUGGGUGCCUGAUCAGAUAGAUUCCCUUGGUGCCGACGAUGUUGAAGUGGAUAUUCGAUACGUGGGAUUAAACUUUCGAGAUAUCAUGAUUUCUCUAGGCGUUGUGGCGAACAGAGAGGAACUGGGCAUCGAGUGCAGUGGCAUCGUUACCCGUACCGGCACGAACGUUCGGCACCUGCAUCGAGGCCAAAAAGUCGGCGUUCUCUAUCCUGGCGUGUUUCGCUCGCGCAAGGUCGUACCGGCGCAUGCGUGCUCAGAGAUCCCAGCUACAAUGUCGCUGGACGAUGCGGCAGGGGUCAUGGUGAUAUUUAAUACGGUGAUGUACUCGCUUACGGAGGUGGGGCGGUUACGCAAGGGACAGUCUAUUCUGAUUCAGGCCGCUUGCGGUGGUGUUGGCCUUGCAGCCGUCCAACUCUGUCAGACCAUUGGGGCCGAGAUUUACUGUACCGUCGGCAGCGAGAAGAAGGCCCAGUACCUUAUCGAAACAUUUGGUAUCCCGCGCCAUCGCAUAUUCAACUCCCGCGACGCGUCCUUCCUGCAGGGGGUUAUGCGCGAGACCAAGGGAGAAGGUGUGGAUAUUGUUCUCAAUUCGCUCAGUGGUCCUCUCCUCCACGCUUCCUGGCAGUGUGUAGCACAAUUUGGAAAGAUGAUUGAGCUGGGUAAGAGAGAUUUCCUGGAACAUGGCAUGCUCCGAAUGGAUUUGUUCGGAGGGAAUCGAACUUUCAUCGGGGUUGACUUGUUUGAGCUGGCGAAGAAGCCGGGUUUGAUCGCAGGACUGUACGAUCAAAUUCUCGAGCUCUUUCAAGAAGAUAAACUGCAGCCCGUCCGACCAUUGAAAGUGAUGCCCGCGGCAGAGGUCGAGCAGGCUUUUAGGCAUCUGCAGCAGGGUUUGCAUAUGGGCAAGAUUGUCGUGCAGAUCCCCGAAAGCACUGCCUCAUUGCAGGUCGCUAAGUCUCGUCAGUCGGUCAUAUUCGACCCCGACGCCGCCUAUCUGCUCGUGGGUGGACUCGGGGGAAUUGGUCGCUCUAUCGCAACGUGGAUGGUCGAGCACGGCGCAAAACACUUGAUCUUUCUCUCUCGUUCGGCCGGCCAGUCGGCAAAUGAUCAGGACUUCCUGCACGAGCUUCAUGUGCAAGGGUGCGAUGCUCGCGCCGUAAAGGGAGAUGUAUCGAUCCUGGCCGACGUUCAGCGUGCAGUCGAUGGCAGCUCUCAUCCCAUCCGAGGAAUGCUUCAACUAUCCAUGCUGACCCGCGACCAAUUCGUUCGCGACCUCACCUAUACUAACUGGACCACCGGCCUCGCCUCCAAAGUGACCGGUACCUGGAAUCUGCACCACGCGCUCCAGGCCUCACCACUGUCCUUCUUUGUCCUUUGCAGCUCCAUCGCCGGUAUUAUGGGCAGCCCAGGCCAAAUGAACUACGCGGCCGCCAACACAUUCCUCAACUCAUUCACGCAAUUUCGGCUGCAACAAAACCUGCCCGCCUCGGUCGUCAGCCUCGGGGGCGUCGACGACAUCGGCUUCCUAGCGACCCAGAAUACCCGCGUGAGGGACAACAUGCGCGCCGCCUCCGUGCGCAUGUUGCAGGAACACGAGGUCCUCGACGCCUUCGAGGUUGCCAUAACAGGCCGCGCCAUGCCCCUGCCGUCUAUCUCACGAGAGUCUCUCAUUCCGCAGGAACUCGUCAUCGGGAUGAGCAGCACCAAAGCCCUCUCGGAUCCCACUGUGCGUCCCCUCUGGGGCAACGACGCGCGGUUCUUGCACUACCGCGACGCGAUGACCCCUGCCUCAAACGAGCGAACCAUGGCGCCCAUGAACGCCGUCCGCCAGCUAAUCGCCGACACGAGAAUCCGGAUCGCAGCGGCGCGGUCCGCAUCUGCAUCCACGUCCCACCUCCCAACGGGUGGCUCUGGCGCCCUAUCUAGUGAUGGCAGUGAUCCCCUCGAGGCGCAAUUCACGCCCGCCCGCCGCGCUACAAUCCGCAAAGCCGUGUUAGACGGGAUCCAGGCGUUCUCAAUCUUCGGCGAGGACCUGGACAAUGAGGCACUUGGCAAGAUGCAGAUUGACUCGUUGAUGACGAUCGAAUUGAAGAAUUGGUUUAAGAGACAUUUAGGGCUAGAAGUGAGUAUUGGAGAUGUGGCAGCGGCUGGGACAUUGGGUGGUUUAGAAAAUGUGGUGGUUCGGGCGCUUCUAGCGGAGAACCCGCGAUGA